GUGUAGAACAGUGUUCAUCAUGGCCGUGCUUCAACCACGUCUACCGUCCGCUCUGCUAGCUGCUAUCGGCGCUUACCUACUGCUAGUGCCGCCGGCGGCGGUGUCUACAGCCGAGGGGGACACCAACAGGUUCCGGGAUCCAUCUAUGAUCCAGGAUAGAGGUCACCUGAAGGAGCACGUACAAGAGUUGACAGAGGAACAGAUUAGCCAGAUGUCACCGGAAGAACUGGAGUGGCACUUCUUUAAAUCCCACGACAGCGACAAGAACCUGAAGUUGGACGGACUGGAGAUCAUGGCCGCCAUGGAACAUAGAUCUGAGUAUAGCUAUCCACCGGAUCCUAACGAAAGGAUAGAAUAUUACACAGGUUUGGUGGACCAGAUCCUAGAGGAAGAUGACACAGAUAACGACGGGAUGAUGAGCUACAUCGAGUACGUCAUGUCAACGCGCAAGUACAGGGAGGCGAACGCAAAGGCGAAUAGAGAAAACCAGUAGAGACAAACAGGAGUUCUUUAAGCUACGGCAAGUAAUUAUUAUGGAUGACAUCAGCGCGCGCAUUAAUGUUCGCCUGAUUUAAAAAAAAAAACAAUAAAUUUUGUUGCCUUCUAACAAAGGUCAACAUGC